AUGGAGUCACAUACGGAAUUUUAUCGUGAGGAGAUCAAUAGCACGGUAUGGGAGGUACCGGAGAAAUACCUGUGUUUGAAGCAAAUUGGAACGGGAGCUUAUGGUACUGUCUGCUCAGCGAUUAAUGAUAAAACCAAAGAAAAAGUGGCCAUCAAGAAGCUCCACCGUCCAUUUCAGUCCGAGAUCUUCGCAAAGAGAGCCUACAGGGAGCUGUGUUUGCUUAAGCACAUGAAACAUGAGAAUGUGAUAGGAUUGCUGGAUGUGUUCACUCCUGCCACUCGGUUGGAGGAAUUCCAGGACUUCUAUCUGGUCAUGCCAUACAUGUACACUGACCUCUCGAAAGUACGAGGACUUCUCUCAGAGGAUCGAAUACAGUUCCUGGUUUAUCAGAUGCUCUGUGGACUUAAGUAUAUUCACAGUGCCGGCAUUAUCCACAGGGACCUCAAACCUGGUAAUUUAGCUGUAAAUCAAGACUGUGAGUUGAAGAUCUUGGACUUUGGCCUGGCUCGGCAUGCGGAGGCAGAGAUGACAGGCUAUGUCGUGACUCGUUGGUACCGAGCCCCUGAGGUCAUUCUGAAUUGGAUGCACUACACCCAGACUGUGGAUAUCUGGUCUGUCGGAUGCAUUAUGGGAGAGAUGAUGAGCGGGAAGACACUGUUCAAAGGGAAAGACUACAUGGAUCAGCUGACUCAGAUAAUGAAAGUAACUGGAGUACCAGGCCCGGAAUUUAUCGAGAAACUGGAAAGCCAAGAGGCAAAAAACUAUGUCAGCUCUCUCCCUCCGUACCCUCGUAAAGACUUUUCUACGCUGUUUCCUAGAGCUAGUGCAAGAGCGGUGGACCUUUUGGAGAAGAUGCUGGUUAUAGACCCUGAUGCUCGGCUAACGGCAGAUGGGGCGCUGGCACACAGUUACUUUGAUGGCCUGAGGGACCCGGAGGACUGCCCCGAACCACUCCCAUACGAUGACAGUCACGACAAUGCCACGCUACCCCUGGAGGAGUGGAAGAGAUUGUCAUACAAAGAAGUGAAGAGCUUUGUUCCAUUCCCAAGAAGAGACUCAAAGAGACGAAACACACUGACAAUGUCCCAGUGA